AUGGCGUCUUCUGUCCCGGGCAUCACUACUCCUCAAGUACCCGCUGCUGAGGACGGUGCGCCGAGUACUAUUGACCCAUCGAAGACACGUAAGCCGAAGAAGCGCAAGGGUCAUCGAGCGGGCUCCACCAAGGAGCCGAAAGGACACAAGCAAAGUAUUAUGACGCCAAUGAAUGGCAACGAAUCGAAGCCACUUAUGGCACCUCCAUUCUGCUACAGCUUCGUCGUCACCACUGUUCUACUCUUUGCCGGAGGUGCUGUGGUCGGCUUACUAAUGUGGCUGCAGGCGGACCACGUGGAAGUCCGCACUAAAAGUGGAAGCACAGUUCGUGGAUUCCGGUCUUAUGUAGCGAACUACCGGAUCUACACAUUCCUUGGCAUUCCUUACGCCCAGCCUCCCGUGCACAACUUACGCUUCAGGCUUCCACUGCCGUACAGUGAAAACUCAUCUGUGGUGCCUGCCACGCUAGAGUGCCCUCCGUGCCCGCAGAGGGGUUGGUUCUCGCCCAUAAACGAAGGCUGGGAAGGAGCCGAAGAGUGCCUGCACCUCAACGUGUGGACGCCGUGCGCCGAAACCACCACGGGAGGUGGUUGCGCAAAGCUGCCCGUCCUGCUGUUCCUCUUCGCCGAGGGUUUCCAGACGGGCAGCAACAUGCGCUUUGACGGCUCCCUGCUUGCUGCCUCGCAAAACCUGGUCGUCAUUGCUCCGAACUUCCGCAUUGGCGUGCUAGGCUUCUUCCACAAAGACGGGCAUGAGAUGCCUGGCAACCUUGCGUUGCAUGACCAGGAGCUGGUGAUAAAGUGGGUAGAGGACCAUGCAGACCUAUUUGGCGGAAACUGGAACAACACAGUACUGAUGGGUGCCACUACGGAUCGUGUCCUCCCGUGCUUGUUCGUCGGUGAUCUGGGCAGCCAUGAUGAAGGCUCUCGCCAGCAGAACGAGGUCGACUCCGGCUACUUCCAAUCCUCCUCUUGGUCUCAUGAUUACCCUGAUCUGGUCCUUGGAUGGUUGUGGUGCUCGACCGUCCCAGCGGCCAGCUCCUCGUUCGGUGGAGUCGUCUGUCCUAGGCGUCCCAUGGCGGUGGCCUAUCCUGGUCCGUCGAAGACUUCCGCGCUCACUUCCAUUCCCUCCAUGGUUAUGGUGGAAGGCAUUUCCAGUGCCUGGGUGUCGGCUGGGACGUACGGGGGAUGA